AGUGGCUAUAAAAGCGCCGAGCUGAUCUCAGCUGAACAUCACAAACCAAUUGGCCAUCCACCAAGUGACAAACCCAAAAACCCCAAAAAUUAUCAACAUGUUCAAAUUCGCUGCUAUCUUCUUCGCUGUUGUGGCUGUGGCUUCUGCCAAGCCCGGAAUUGUGGCUCCUCUGGCGGCUGCUCCUCUGGCCUACACCGCCCCGGCUGUGGUCGGCAGUGCCGCCUACGUGGCUCCCUACGCCUCCAGCUACACCGCCCACACUGUAGCCCACAGCGCCGCCUUCCCCGCCGCCUACACCGCUCCCAUUGCCGCUGCCGCCUACACCGCUCCCAUCGCUGCCCCCAUCGCCGCUGCUUACACCGCCCCAGUUGCUGCCGCCUACACCGCUCCGGUGGCCCGCCUUGCCGCUUACACCUCCCCCCUGGCCUACAGUGCGCCGUACGUUGCCCGUCCGUACGUUGCCGCCGCUGCCGCUCCCCUUCUGCUGAAGAAGUAAAUCAAUGGACUCUGAACUCAAUGGAAAAUAAUGCCCCAUGAACUUGGAUCAUGGUCUGGCUUUUAUUAUCCUUAUCCCCUGCUUGUGAUUUUUUAUAUGAAUUAAAAAUUUAAAAACAA